GGCCACGACGGCGACGCACUGGAUUGGGUUGGGACAGAACGAGCGACGGCGAGGAGACGGCGAUAAGAUUUGCCACACCUCGGUCUGUAGCUGGGAGACCGCACGGACGGCGGCGAGGGGCUCCAGCAAGGCGGCGUCCACGAGUCAAGAGCAGCCCACACAGCAGCAGCGGCAGGUCCGCUGAUGCCAGACUCCCCCCAGCUCCACCACCCACCUUCCCCUCCCGCGCCGCCGCCGCCGCCACCGGCGGCCAGCUCAACACCAGCCUCGCCAGCGGCAGCAAAUGCGCAACCCACCCUGAUUGAGACUGCGGCGAAGCUGAGGAUGAUCAUCAAGGGCGUGCUCGGGCGGUACCAGCGCUGGAACCCCGUGCACCCGACGGCCGGCUCCUUCUGGGGCGUGGGGCUCGGCCUCGGUUGCGGUGUCGGCUGGGGCCCCGGGUUCGGACCUGAGGUCAUUGGGUACGUCGGCGCCGGGUGUGGCGUGGGGUUCAGCGUUGGGUUCACGCUCGCCGGCGUCGGCAUCGGCCUGCCGCAGCACGGCCUCAUCAGGAACCACGAGCACGGUGGUUUUGCAAGUAACUUCCCUGUUGAUUCAGCAAGAUUUUACACCAUAACCAUCAUCAGAAGUUUGGUAUGGGAUGCCAUCAGCUAUGCAGGUAAUGUGUUGGCUUUGAGGAAAGAAUCUCGACAGAAGCUUCUGAGGUUCCAGGACAACCCUCCGGUAUCAGGAGGAGUUGAUCUGCCGAAGCUGGGGAAGGGCGUGUCAAGUAGCAUCAGGUCCACAGUGGAAUGCAUCAGGGCCUUCAAAGAUCAGCACUGGCCUCCUUAAAAGACUCAUGGGCAAUCAAGGCUGGUUUUAAGUUACAGGGUAUCACCAUGGAAACUUAAAAAUGGCGAUAUACCAAUUUUUGUUUGUUUUGGUAUGAGUUUUUCCCCGGCUUAUGGAAGGGGAAAGUAGUUAUUCUAGCUUAUGGAAAUGUAGUCUGCAUCCUAGAUAUUUUUUUAUGCAGAUGCAUAUGUAAAUAUGAUGGCUGCUAUUUUGCUCUUUAAUUAUUCAUCAAGCACUCUGUAACAGGGAUGUAGCGUGAAAUAUUCCACUAAUAUUGUACUCCUCUCAAACCAUGUAACCUACAUUUGUAUUAGUGUAAGUACUCCUUACCAUUGAACUUGGAUGCCGUGGAAGUCAGAAAGUGUAUUAUUGAAA